AGCGCCACCACCUCGUUUCGCCGGCGGCCCUCCCCGGCACGGCGAGCUCGCCUACCUCGUCCACGAGAUCCACCCGCCCCCGCCUCCCUCUUCCCCGGUCGACGGCGCAGGUGAGCUCCAGUCGACAUCCUUCCUCCCUGGGAUUCCCCCCCUGUCCUGGAGGCCCAAACCCUAGCUGGCGUGGAGGCGGCUGGUGGCGCGGCGGGCGGGCGUCAGGCCAGAUGGAAGAUACCUUGGCUAAUAUAAGGAAGAAGCUGAAGAGGCAGAAGAAGGGGAAGGAGGAGGGCGAUGGCGUGGCGGCGGUGGCAGGAGAAGGGGAUGAGGCCGGCGAGGUGCUCGCCGCCCAGCAGGAAGAUCUGCACGGCGGAGAUGAUGAUAUGGGCGAAGGCGUCGCCGACGAGAACGGCAAUCUGGAGGGUCACGUGAAUGUGGUUCUUGGCUUGAAAUAUUCAGGCGAUUUAGGGUUGGAGGACUCCCUGUCUGUGCUCUUUAGGAAACCUGGCCGGAAGCCUAGGCAGCAGGUCUCCAGUAAGGAGGAAGAAGAUGUUGAAGUUGCUGAUUCACAUAAGGAAGAAGAAGGUGUUGAAGUUGCCAAUUCACAUAAGAAGGAAGACCAAGGUGUUGAAGUUGCCGAUUCACAUGCUGAGGAGGUUCUAGACACCAGAUCUGGUUUGCCUUCGGAUACGCCGGCUGUAGGCAAGAAAAGGCGAAGGCGUCGCACCAAGGAAGAAAUGAGGAUUGCUGCGGAGAAUUCUGCAACCGCAAUGGUCAGCGAUCGAUUGCUCAGGAGGUCAAAGGCGAAGCCAAAGGCUAGCCACUCUGAUAAGCCCUCGAAGGUUGGCACCAAUGAAGCUUCUGGAGAGUUAGCUUCCGAGUCACCCCCUGAUUUGGAAAAGAAGUCUAUUGAGAAAGAAGAGGCUGCGGAUGAUGGUUUGUGUUGCGUAUCGUUGGGAGAAACGCUUCUACAAGAUGUGGAAACCAGUAGAGUAGUCGAGGAUGGUUCUAGGAACUCUUCUGAUGGGGCAAGUCAUCCUGUUGAAGUUUCAGCUAGGGAUAGUAAUUUCCCGGGCUUAAAUCCUUGUUCAGCAGGACCACAUGCUGAAGUAGCAUCGCAAAGUGCAGUAAAUGCAUCCGCUGAUGGUAUUUCUGAUGCGCAGACAUGUUCCGAAACAUUAGCAGAUGAUAGAAAUGCUGACGCUGAUUGUUCUCAGGAUGAGCCACCGGUACCAGCCAUCAAAAGGAAAACUGGUCCAAAAUCAAAAGAAGGGCCCAAAAAACCUGUUAGAAGAAAAGAGUUGCCUGUGGCUGGUACUAUUGAUGAACCAGUUGAGAUAGUAGAAAGUGAUGUGUCGUCGAAGCAGCGACGCAAAAAUAAAAUUCUUUUGGCAAGACCUAGCACUUUGCAAUCUAAUUCCACUCUGGCCAAUGAUGCAAGUCGUACAGGCGACCUUAAAUAUGGCAAUGUCAUACCAAAUGCAGCUGUGCCAGCAGAAGAAAACUUAGAUCAGCCAGCUGCUUUUGGGGUUCGUGGAUCCUGUGUCGCCAAGAAUUCACUUCCCUCUUGUAACAUGGCAGCAUCUGCAAAAGAAGUAGAUAUUGUUGAUGUGGCAGCACCAUCUGAUUUGGAGGACACACAGAAUGCGCCAAAGGUGAAACGUGUAACACGUAGUGCUAAAAAACGUAAAUAUGGUGACAUGGCAUAUGAGGGCGAUCUUGAUUGGGAAACUCUAAUGCAAGAGCAGGGGCUGUUCUCGAACCCCUCAGCUGGAUUUGCAGAUAAAGCUGUCAAAUCAAAAGAUAAAAUUAAAGCUUUGGAAGUUUCCGAGAAUGGACGUGUUGCUGCAGUAAGUGCUGGCCUGAUGGCGAAGGCGGUUUCUCCAAUUGAAAAGAUAAAGUUCAAGGAUGUGCUGAAGCGCAAGGGUGGCCUUCAGGACUACCUGGAGUGCAGGAACAUGAUCUUAAGUUGCUGGAACAAGGAUGUCAAACAUCUAUUGGAUCUUGCAGAUUGCGGUCUUUCUAAUGUUCCCUUGAAAGAUGAUGAUUUGCCGCGUCAAACACUUAUACGCGAUGUGUAUGUUUUCUUAGAUCAGAAUGGUUACAUAAAUACUGGAAUUGCAUCAGCCAAGGUGAUGAAGGGUCACGGAACUCCUUGUUCUGAAGUUGUGGAAAUAGCCAAGCUAAAUGAAUCACGUGAAAUGAAGCCAGUCAGCUUUCAAGGUGGCAUUGACUCUGUAUCUUGUCAGAAUAAAGGUCAUGAUAAUGGUACUUUUGGACCUCUGACAGAAGAAUCGAAGGAAAAUAAUGUCCCUGACACUCCCUGUGAUGCCCAAGCUUUGAUACCUCCCUUACAGUCCAACAUGCAGAUAUUUGAAGAAAAUAAUUUAGAUGUAUCAACUGAAGGUAGAGAUGCAUCACUACCAUCCAUCCAUAUUAGUUCAGUUGGAAACACUGAAGGCCCCAUUCUCCAUCAACCAGAAGCAGCUAUUGUAGAACAUUCUCCAAACAACUGUGAAUUAAACCAUAGAGCUGAAUCUGUUCGGUCUUGCAAAAGGAUAAUCAUUGUUGGAGCUGGCCCAGCAGGUUUAACUGCUGCACGCCAUUUGCGGCGUCAAGGUUUUGCUGUUACUGUUCUUGAAGCACGUGACAGGAUUGGUGGUCGUGUUUUUACAGAUCGUACAUCGCUUUCAGUCCCUGUCGAUUUGGGUGCUAGCAUUAUUACGGGUGUGGAAGCUGAUAUAGCAACUGAAAGAAGGGCCGAUCCAUCCUCUUUGAUUUGUUCUCAGCUUGGUCUUGAACUGACUGUACUGAAUAGUGCUUGCCCUCUCUAUGAUGUUGUAACUGGCAACAAGGUUCCUGAUGAUUUGGACGAGGAUAUGCAAUCUGAAUACAAUGGUCUUGUUGAUGAAAUGGAACAACUUUUUGCACAAAAUGGUGAAAGUGCUAUGGGUUUAUCCCUUGAGGAUGGGCUGGAAUAUGCUCUUAGGAAGAAACGUGGAGCUCAUGCUGUUUCUUCGGUGGGACAGGAUAAUCAGUUAUUAAGUAGAUCCAAUGCAGGAGGCUUAGACAUUUCUGUAAGUGCUUCAACAGAAAAGGAGAUAGCUGGUUGUGGGAGGGAUGAUAAGAUAGAUGUUCUCAGCCCUAUCGAAAGAAGAGUUAUGAAUUGGCACUUUGCACAUUUAGAGUAUGGUUGUGCUGCAAUGCUCAACUCCGUCUCUCUUCCAUAUUGGAACCAGGAUGAUGUGUAUGGAGGGUUCGGAGGACCUCAUUGUAUGAUUAAAGGUGGUUAUGGCGCUGUGCUUGAGAGCCUUGCAGAAGGGGUUGAUAUUCAGUUAAACCAUGUGGUAACUGAAAUAAUUUACAGGUCCGAGGAGUCAGCUGCUAGGGGUAUUGAUGGGAAAACUGUUAAAGUUUCCACUUCAAAUGGAGGUGAAUUUGUGGGAGAUGCUGUGUUGAUCACUGUUCCUCUUGGUUGUUUGAAAGCAAAUGCAAUCAAAUUUUCUCCUUCCUUGCCAGACUGGAAAAUCUCUUCCAUUGACAAGCUUGGAUUUGGUGUUCUAAAUAAAAUAGUAUUGGAGUUUCCUGAGGUCUUUUGGGAUGAUGAUAUGGAUUACUUUGGUGCAACUGCAGAAGAAACCGAUUUAAGGGGACAAUGCUUUAUGUUUUGGAAUCUCAAAAAGACACUUGGGGCACCAGUUCUUAUAGCUCUACUUGUUGGGAAGGCUGCUAUAGAUGGACAAAGUAUCAGUUCUGAUGUUCAUGUUAGUAAUGCCAUGGUUGUUCUCCGUAAGCUCUUUACAGAUGCUGCUAUACCAGAUCCAGUAGCAUCAGUUGUCACAAACUGGGGCCUUGAUCCUUAUAGUAGAGGUGCUUACUCUUAUGUUGCAGUAGGAGCAUCAGGACAAGAUUAUGACAUUCUGGGACGGCCAGUUGCAAACUGUUUAUUUUUUGCUGGUGAAGCAACAUGCAAAGAGCACCCAGAUACUGUUGGUGGUGCAAUUUUAAGUGGUCUUCGAGAAGCAGUUCGGAUUAUUGAUUUGGUACACAGUGGUAAGGAUUAUGUUGCUGAGGUGGAAGCUCUACAGACAGACCAAACACAGUCAGAUAGUGAAAGAAAUGAAAUGAGAGAUAUGUCGAAUAAACUUGAAGCACAUGAACUUUCAACUGCUUUAUGCAAAAAUUCGUCUGAUGCAUCAUAUGCAGUAGUUAGCAAGGAAUCUUUACUGCAAGAAAUGUUCUUCAGUGCGCAAACUACAUCAGGGCGCCUACAUUUGGCUAAGGAGCUACUGAAGCUUCCUCCAAAUGCUCUUAAAUCAUUUGCUGGGUCUAAAGAAGGACUAACCAAACUAAACUCUUGGAUACUUGAUUCAUUGGGAAAAAAUGCAACUCAACUAUUGCGGCAUUGUGUGCGCUUGCUUCUGCUUGUUUCGACUGAUCUGCUAGCUGUUCGCUUGUCUGGAAUUGGGAGGACUGUAAAAGAAAAGGUUUGUGUGCAUACAAGUCGAGAUAUACGUGCUAUAGCUCGCCAGUUGGUCAGUAUGUGGAUAGAAGUUUUCCGUAAAGAAAAGGCUAGCAACGGUGGACUCAAAAUGCUGCGCCGAAUGCCAUCAGUUGAAUCGAACAAGACUAGAAGUAAGGGUCUACAAUCUGGAAUGCCUACUUCGCAUUUGUCAAAUGAAGCAGGUGCACGGCGUGUAAGAUCUGCUGGAAGCCAUUCACCGCACAAAACUAGCAAGAAGCCAGAUAACAAGGCUUUGAAAUUAGAAAGCAUAAUGGCUACAAGGUCUGAUGGCAGCUCAAUUCGUUCUCAGAAGCAACAUCAUGAUGUAGAACCCAAGGUGGACCAUGGCAUGGUUAUGUCCGAGGAAGAAGCUGCUGCAUUUGCUGCUGCUGAGGCUGCUCGAGCUGCUGCCAUAGCAGCUGCACAGGCAUAUGCAUCUGCCGAUGCAGCGAUAAGUGUGCCUAGGGAACUCCCUAAGAUACCAUCAUUUCGUACUUUUGCGAGGCGUGAUCAUCAUUUGGAUGAAUCUGAUACAAGAAAGAAAGUGAUAAGUGACAACCUUGGGAGACUUGAAUGCAUAUCAGAGAUUGAUUCCAGGAAUGGAAAAACUAAGAACUCAUCAGCUGGGCAGGCUGAUUGUCCUGAUGUUGACAGCUCGAAAAUGACUAUUGAUAACUGUACUCAGAGGAGCUUUUCAAACGAGAAAACCUGCCCAAUCAGUAUAAGGGAUAAUUCUGUAGAUAGUGGAGCUGUAGACAGUCGGUUUACUAGGGCAUGGGUUGAUACAGAUACAAUCUGCAUUGAUGGUGUCAAAGAUCCUUUAGCCAUUGAGAGGUGGCAAGCACAAGCAAUGGAAGCAGAUAAAGAAUUCUACAGCCGGAUAUGCAUACCUGAAGAAGAUUCAAGUAGCCAAAAGCAGACAUGUAAAAGUUCUGCCUCGCAGGUUGCAGAAAGCAAACCUGCAUCUGAAGGACAAUUGCGAGGUGUAGAACAUAUAAAACAGGGGCUUAUAAAUUUCAUAGGCACACUGCUGAUGCCUCUUUACAAAAGUAAAAAGAUCGACAGGGAGACGUACAAGACAAUGAUGCGAAAAGCUGUCACAAAGAUCAUGGAUGCAUGCACCGAAGGAGAGAAGCUGAUGACUUCUAACGAAUUUCUUGAUUUUAGAAGGAAAACUAAGAUUCAAACCUUUGUGGACAAGUUGGUUGAGAGGCAUUGGCAUGUGGCUCCAGCUCCCAAAUCAUAACAUGUACAUAUCCAGGAAGCUGUUACAUGUAGGGAAGCAAAGUUCUCUUUGCAGACUAUGCUGUCGCUCAGCAGGCAUUGGCUCCCUGAGAACUAAAAAAGAAACCAGACAUUGUUUCAUAAGCCUUGGGUGCAAAAUCACCAUGUUGCCUGUAACUCAGAUUAUCAGGGAGACUUUCUGGAAGACCAUGAACCAGAUUGGCACAUUCAUCCUUGUGUAUUGCAUUUGAUAUCACCGCCAUCAUGAUCGUGGCAAUGUGCGUUUUGAGACUGGUUUAAUGCUAGAUCUCAGUGCACUCGACAAACAUGGCAACAUGCAGUGAGCUUGCACUCGACAAACAUGGCAACAUGCAGUGAGCUUGCACUCGACAAACAUGGCACACAUGCGUAUGAAGUUCUGGGACUCAAGCGUUCUGCAUGGUCUCAUAUGCAAUGAUGGCUUGUAUGUAUUACCAGACAGUAGUUUAGGUCAGCUGAGCGGAUUGAUGUUGUUGUUUGUUCAGAGAUAACUUACACCAGAGUAGACCCCAUCUUUCUCUUUGAUGUAUAGACUAUAGAUCUCUAGCUUCCUAUUCUGUUUCUAACAAUCAUCUAACUCAUAGUCGGUUAUGUUAAAAUCGUCGCAGUUUGGCU